UGUUAGUUGGUCAGCGAUCGUUCUUAAAUAAAGUUUGUUGAAAAUCUCUAGUCCUUCCUGUUUGUAUUGCGAAGAUGGAGGUAGAGGGAAUGUUCCCCCCGCUGUCACUCUCUGCUAAGUUUGAGGGGUCAUUUGCCUAUCUGACUGUGAGAGAUAGACUACCAACCAUACUCACAAAAGUGGUAGACACAUUACAUCGCAAUAAAGAAAAUUUCUUCAAAGACUAUGGAGAGGAGGGCAUCAAGGCAGAGAAGAGGGCCAUCUCCUUCCUGUCCAAGCUGAGGAAUGAACUGCAGACAGACAAACCUGUGCUGCUUCUGACUGAUAAUGCUGAGGACACAGAGGCCUGGAAUGAGUACAUGGGUAGACAGCAGGACCUGAUGGAGGACGGGCAGCCUGUCAGCUGGUUCAAGUCACCAUGGCUUUAUAUGGAGUGCUACAUGUACCGAAGGAUCCAAGAGGCUCUGUAUAUGAAUCCACCGAUGGAUAAAUUUGACGUGUAUAAGGAGGGAAAGACACAAAGCUUCUUUGAAUCUCAACAAGCGAUUAAAACUCUCUGUACAUACCUUCAGGAGCUCAUCACCAACAUGGAGAACAUGACUGAGAUGAAGCUGCGAGAGAACUUUCUCAAGUUGCUUCAGGUCUCUCUGUGGGGAAACAAAUGUGAUCUGUCCAUCUCUGCCGGACAGGACAACUCUCAAAGGUCCAAUCCCAUCAAUUCUCUCUCUGAUCUCCAGCACUUUAUCAUAGUGGAUGACUCCAACAUGGUUUGGUCAACGCUGGUUGCUGCUCAAGGGUCUGGAUCCUCAGGGAAGAAGCAUGCGAGAGUGGACAUUGUUUUAGACAAUGCUGGUUUUGAGCUUGUUACCGAUCUGGUCCUUGCUGACUUCCUUAUUUCUGCUGGACUAGCCAAGCAAAUCCGAUUUCAUGGCAAGUCCAUCCCAUGGUUUGUCUCCGACGUCACCAAACAAGACUUUGAGUGGACCAUCAUGCAGACCAUGGCAGCCAAUCACAAGUGGAUGUCAGCUAGCGGUGUCCAAUGGAAGCAUUUCAUGAAGGAAGGCACCUGGUCCUACCAUGACCACCCUUUUUGGACCUUACCCCAUGAGUUCUGCGACAUGGCGCUGGAUGCAGCUGAUCUCUACAGAACGCUCCAGGGCUCGGAUCUGAUUCUCUUCAAAGGAGAUCUGAACUACAGGAAGCUGACUGGCGAUAGGAAAUGGGAGCACACAGUUCUAUUUGAUAGGGCGUUGAGGGGAUUCCAGCCUGCCCCUCUCUGUAGUCUUAGGACACUGAAGGCUGAUAUUCAGGUGGGCUUACAGCCUGGCCAGGCUGAGAAGCUCCGCUCUCAGGAUCCAGACUGGAUGACUAGUGGCAAAUACGCUGUGGUUCAGUUUUCCAGUCCAAACAGAGAACAGUAGGAGUUUUUUUAAAGGGUUAGUUCACCCAAAAAUGAAAAUUCUGUCAUUAUUUACUCAUGUCGUUCCAAACCCGUAAGAUUUUCGUUCAUCUUCGGAACACAAAUUAAGGUAUUUUAAAUGAAAUGUGAGCAAUUUCUGUCCCUCCAUUGACAGCUACGCAACUACCAUUUUGACGCUUCAAAAAUAUAAAGAGAUCGUAAAUCUAAUCCAUAUGAAUUGAGUUUUUUAGUCUAAAUCUUGAGAGACAUGAUCGCUUUAUAUGAUGAACAGAUUGAAUUUAGGCUUUUAUUCACAAAUAAACAUUCACUAACGCACACAUCAGUUAUGGUAAACUGAAGCUCAAGCAUGUUCACUUGACAUGCGAGAAUCAAUGUGGUUCAUUCUUGUGAGUUACACAGCACAUUUGAGCUUCCACAAGAACCACUGAGGUUUGUUCUCAGGCGUCAAGCAGGUGCGGCUGAGCUUCUGUUUAUGUUCGCUGAUCAAUGUUUAUUUGUGAAUAAAAACCUAAAUGUAAUCUGUUAUUAAGCGAUCAAGUCUCUUCAGAAAAUUUAAACUAAACCACUCAAUUCAUAUGGAGUAGUUUUACAAUCUCUUCAUUAACUUUUUGAAGCGUCAAAGUGGUAGUUCUGGCUCAGAUUUUAUUAAAAAUAGCUUCAUUUUUGUUCCGAAAAUGAAAAGUCUUGCGGGUUUGGAACCACACAAGGGUGAGUAAUUAAUGACAGGAUUUUCAUGUUUGGGUGAACUAACCCUAACCCGAGUCCUCGCUGAUAAGGAGAUUAACAGGAAGCAAGAGAUAAAGUGAUAAAAUGCACUAAAGAUGCUGCUUUUCAGUUAUCAAUAACAUGCCAAACAAAUGUUGUGUUGUUUUAUCUUUGCUUGUAUUUUUUUAUCCAACACUUGUUUUGCUUGGAAGCAAAUCAUUUAAUGAACCGUACUGCUACUGCAUAUCAAACACUGAAAUAAAUAUUAACCCAAAUGAUGUCCUUGUUUAUAGAACAAUGAGGUUUUGAAGAGAAACCUGACAAUCUUUUGAUCAUAAUUUAAACAGUAUAUGGUUUUCUGUUUGCACUGCUGAUGUGCAUUGUGUACAAGUACGGUUACUUAAAAAAAAAACAAAUGUAAACAUUAAGACAUACAAUACAUCCAUAAGACUUCAUAGAUGUCUUGUUUGGUAUGAUAGACAAUAAAUACAAAAAGGUACUGAACCUAAAUUUUAACUUGUAGUUAAAUGUUAUUGACCAAAGCUCCCUGAAAUAGUGAGAAAGGUGUAUGCGUUUCUGGCUAAAAAUGUGUUGUUUUAUAGUAUAUAAAAUAGAUUUUUUUUUUCUUUCAAAAGUAGCCUAAUGGUUUGGGCUUUGCAUGGAGUGCAUAAUUGAAAAUAAACCAUUAAAGAAAUACUGUUUUAAUAAAACAGUUCUAGUAAAGUAACCGCAAAAUGGAAUGUAUGAGGACACCAAUUCAAAAGGGAUUUCAUGAAAUGCAGAUGCCCCUCUAAGGUUUUGUUUUAGCCAAGCACUAAAUCACAAUCAUUUACUAAAAUCAAUAUAUGGUAACACAUUCUGCUUUCUGUCUGAUAAAAAUACUGGCCAUCUACCAUCUCAAAGAGUUUUUAUUGUUUACAGUUUGGAUUAACUAGCACUUUAAAAGCAGGUUUACUGUUAUCUGCAGUGAGGAGAAUUGCACCAAGAUUGUUUCUUUUUAAGCUUAUUUGUGAGCAAAUUGGAAAUUGUUGCUAGUAUGUACUCACACUUGUUAAAAUGGUAAUUCUGUGUUUUGAAUGCAAUCGAACAAAGUUUAGAAAAUAAAUUUUUCCUUCUUUUUUAAAUUGAACUCUUGCAAUGUAAUUGUAAGUUCCAGCGAUUCAGUUCAGUUCCCACCCCCGAGUCAUGAAAUUACGCUGGCAGAAGUGUUCAUGGUACAGACCCAUGCUGCUUUUUGACCUGUCUUGUUUUGUGAACGCAAUUUGUUUUCACAGUGUGCUUUUUUUAAAAGUUGUGUGUGGAAUCUUCCUGGGUUUGCCAAGGAGCCUUGCCUCUACAGAGCAAAGAAACCCCCAAAGCAUUUAUGUUACGUAAUAAGCACGUGAACACAAUCUUUUUGUGUUUAGGGGUCAGCUGAGGACUGCGUACAUGCUGUUUUUUGUUUUGUUUUUGUUUUUCUGGAAAUCAAGGCCAUGGUUUUGGUCUUUCAACUGUUCUAGUUCUCUUCUGGCAAGAGCUAAGCUCAAAUGUAGACUUAAAGAUUUCAGUUGGCUUCAAAUAAAGGAUUGUAAGAUGUA